UCACUGCAGAGUGAAGCAGUCGGCUUCACUGAUGGUUGACUGGAUGUUGUGGAUCCAUGCUGACAAUUUGGAUAUUUAGAUAUGCAUUUACCGCCUGAUUGAUUGACUGAAUGGUUUAUUGAUUAGGCUACUUUUUUUAGUGCUGAUCAAAUACUGUGGAGCGGCUGAAUCCUGACUGGUUCUUACAGAGAAAUAGCAGCUGGACAAACUCUGUUAGACUGGCACGAUGUUGACGAUCUUUGUGUACCUGCUGCUGUUGUUCCUCUCCUCUCCUCCCGUCUCCUCCUCUCCUCUGGCCAAGGAUCAAUCAGUGUGUGCCAGAACUUUCUGCGGCGCAGGACGAGAGUGUGUAUCGACUGACAGAGGAGAACCAGUCUGUCGCUGUUUACAGCAGUGUGACGUGACGGCGCACUGGGUGUGCGGCAGUAACAGCAGAUCCUACAGGAAUCACUGUGAGCUGCACAGAGACGCCUGCAUCACCCAGACCAAGAUACACCUGGAGCACAGAGGACACUGUCUGGAGAAACCAGCAGAGAUGGAUGUGAGCCCCAUCGUCUGUUUCCUGUCCGAUCGUGAUUGGCUGAGAGAGAGAGUGAUCCAGUGGAUUCAGGAGGAGAUAGAAUCUGACAACAUGACCUCAAAUGACUCAGCCAAUCACCUCCUGCAAACGUACUUCAAGACGUAUGAUAAUGGGGAUUCAGAGCUCGAUUCUAAAGAGUUCCUGAGCUUCCUGAAACACAAUGAGACGGCCCUAAACCUCACGUACUCUAAUACUCUGGAGGCUAACAUGCUACUGAGUCUGUCUCUAAGGUCUCUGUGUGUUGAUGCUUUGAUUGAGCUGUCGGAUGAAAACGCAGACUGGAAGUUGAGCUUAACGGAGUUCAUCAACUGUCUGACACCCACCUACCAUCCGUAUGAGAGAAAGUGUGCUCUGGAGGAUGAAGUGUUCGAGGACGGAGCUGAAACUCGGAUGGAGUGCAACAAGUGUGUGUGUGCUUGUGGAAACUGGGUCUGCACCGCUCUGACCUGCAGUGGAGAGCAUCAGGUAGAGCAGGAUGUUAAGGAAGGAGCAGAAGAAGAAGAAAUGACAGAAGAGGAGUGGAGCAGGAGAGUGGCUGAACUCAACGCUCUACAGGCGGACAGUCAACACUGACAUGCUGCGAUGGGAAAAUUUAGUUUUUGGGGGAAAAGGGA